AUGGUGGUGGAUCUGACCCCGAGGCAGCCGGCCAAGGCCUAUGGCAGCGAGGGCGGCGCCUACUAUGUGUGGAGCCCUGCGGAGCUACCCAUGCUUGGCGUCGUCUUCAUCGGUGCCGCCAAGAUCUCCCUCAUGGCAGACGCGGCUGGGCAUCACGCUGGACUGCGCCCGCGCGCUGGAGUUCCUCCACGAGCACACCUCCCCCGCCGUCAUCCACCACGACUUCAACUGCAGCAUCGUCCACAUCGUCCACAUCGACUUCCGUAG